GAGAAGGAGGGGUGGGAGAAGGAAAGCGGUAGAGAUGCGCGUGCGCACACGCUCGGCUCCUUCCCCCUCCCCUUCCCCCUUUUCCACCGCUUUCCCAAUUGGAAGGUCACCUAUGUGUCUUGCGUGUGGUGUGAGUGCAUGGGAGGUAGGGAGGGUGGUAGUAGUGGUGGGAAGCGUCUCAGGACAGGUGCGCCUGCGCAGUACCGCCCAGGCAAGAGGAGGGCAGAGAUGGAGGGAGCUUUGACAGCUCAGCAGGCAAUACAAGAAGAUACUGUCUUUAUCAGUGAGCUACUAGAAGAUGUGGAAGAAAAACUCAGUCCAGCUGUAGAAGAAAAUAGUAUAACGGCAGUUAAGAAACAAGGGACUAAUUUAUACAAUCGGAGCACUGACUGGAGUUUUUGGGUAACUCAGCAGGUUUUUCUCCAUCUUAUUAUUAGUUUUUCAUAAUUUGUUAUCUUUAGACAGAAAUUUAUUUAAUAUUCCUCUGUGGAUAUGGUGCCAUAAUUUUAUAAUUAGGUUUUAAAGUAACUUGUAUGUGGUUGUCAAGAUAGUUCUCAGAAUGAUAAUCUUUACUAUUAUUCUUUGGCCACUAGACUGUGCUGUUGUCUACUUUGAUGUUAUGGGAAAUCAUCUGCUUAAUUUUCCUCCCAAGGAAACUAUAUACCACAGAGCAGUAAUCUUGAUAUGUUGUCAUUUUCUGCAUGUACCAGAAAUGAAAUUUAUAUACAAAAUCUAUUUCUCUGUAAUAUUAGUAAGAAACUUAUUUUAAAUAGUCCUUUUGACUUUAAAAGAUUUCCUAAAAGAGAAUGUAGAACUUUAAUUAUAACAUUAUAAAAAAUAAAUUUGGAAUUAAGAGUUUCAGAUUCUAUUUGUAUGGCACUGAUGAAGAUACAUAACCUAGAAGCGCCUCUGGUUUCUUUCUCAGGGGUAAAAUGAGAAUAUAGUCUGUUGGUCAGGAACAUUGAAAUCCUUCCCUAUUCUGUGGGCAGGAAUAAAACAUGAUUGCUAUUCAUAUAACUUUUUGUUAUAAUGGAGUCAUUAUUUUUCUCCACCAACAUUUUUGGUAGUUACAAAAUAGUCUGUUAAAAACUUGUUUCAACACAUUUAUGAUGCCAAAACAAAUUAUAUGUCAUUAUGAAGAAAACUUUUUGUGUGUGUUAAAGAAUAAAGGGAACAUUGUUGUUCAGUCAUUCAGUUGUCUGUGACUCUUCAUGACUCCAUGGGCCAAAAUGUGCCAGACCUUCCGUCUUUCAUUGUCUCCCAAAAUCUGUCCAAGCUUAUCUUUGUUGCUUCCAUUAUACUAACUGUCCAUAUCACCUGAAGUCUGUCCAAGCUUAUAUUCGUUGCUUCCAUUAUACUACCUAUCCAUAUCACCUUCUACCAUUCCCUUUUCCUUUUGCCUUCAAAC